ACACAGUAACAUCAACUUCAAAUUAUCCUCUUCUUCUCGUUUUUUCUCAUUUUUUCUUUCUGCACUUUGCAUUACCCAUUUCACCAAAUAACAGUUUCUCAAACUUUUUCAAUUUUCAAUAUCCUUAAAAAAUGAGAAAAAAAUAAAUAAUCUCAAAUCACGUUUCAUUUCAAUUCUCAAAUCGAAUCGACAAAUUAGGGUUAGGUUUUUCAUUUUCUUCCCCAAAUAAGAAACGCGUCGAAAAACGAGAACAAGAAUCAAUCCUUUAUGAUUCUUUCUUCAAUCGGAAAGGUAAAUUUGAUCGGUGUGUUAAUCUUUUUGUUGUUGUUGUUGGUGGUGGCGGUUCAAUCCUCUGCGGCGGCGUUAAACGGUAACACCAUGAAGAUUCACCCUGCUCCGAGAAAGCGCAACAUCACAAUCCAAUUCGGAACUAACGGAAGCAACCCUGCGUCGGAGGCUCAGGCUUUGUUGGGAAUAUCCGGGAAGAAAUUACGGCGUCUCCCACACGUUUUCAGCCGCGUAUUGGAACUUCCGUUUCGAUCGGAUGCUGACGUGGCGAUUGAAGAGGCGCCUGAUUGUUUCCGGUUUGUGGUUGAGACGGAGGGUAUCGGUGAGGUGAGGACUCACACGGUGGAGAUCCAUCCCGGCGUGACGAAGAUUGUUGUUAGAGAUGGUGAAUCUUUGGAGUUGUCGCUUGAUCAGUUAGAGCUUGAUAUGUGGAGGUUUCGUUUGCCGGAUUCGACUCUGCCAGAGCUUGCGAGUGCGGUGUUUGUUGAUGGGGAGUUGAUUGUUACUGUGCCGAAGGGGCAUGAUCUGCAGAAUGUUGAAGGUGGUGAUAGUGAUAGAGGUAUGGGUGGUAGACUUGUGCUUGUACAGUGAUUAUGAUUGUGAUGAUGAUAAUGAUAAUGAUGAUGAUGAUGAUGAUGAUGAUGAUGAUGAUGGUGAAAAUUCUUUUGUUUAACACCUUUAAAAUGUUACUUUAGUAUAUGUGGGUUAGAUUUAAGGUUGUUGCUGUUGUUGGGUGUAGCUGAUUUCUUUUGUAUGUGAAUUUGAUUGUUGCUUCAACAUAAAUGUUCUUUCUUCAAUAAUGUUCUACAUUUAUGGCAAUGUCAAUUUUCACAAUUAGUUUUUUUU